CCCAGCCUUUGUUUCCCCCACCGGCUGUAUCAUCCCUGUCCAGGAACUUGCUACAAGCAUGUGAUACAGAAGACUGUGAGGCUCGGCAUAACUUUAUAGCCCUUCCUGUCUGGGACAUUCUUUGCUUCAAGAGAGAAAACGUACAGAAGAGCAAGGAGAUCUUUUGGGGUUGCCUGGAAGCUGCCUUGGAGUACAGAGUGGAGAUGGAAAAGGAAGACUCAGCAGGCCCCAGAGAAGUCAGAGAUCAUGAGGUUGGAAGUACCAGGAAAUUAUGGGAAGGAACCAUGCAGAAGAUGCUGGGUGAGGACAACCUGAGCUCAGAGGUCCAGCGCUGGAGAUUCAGGCAGUUCUGCUACCAGGAGGCCGAGAGACCCCGAGAGGUGUGCAGCCGGCUCCAUGCCCUUUGCCGCCAGUGGCUGAAGCCAGAGAGACACACGAAAGCUCAGAUGCUGGACCUGGUGAUCCUGGAGCAGUUCCUGACUGUCCUGCCCCCGGAGAUGGAGAGCUGGGUCAGAGAAUGUGGAGCGGAGACCAGUUCCCAGGCGGUGUCCCUGGCAGAAGGUUUCCUCCUGAGCCAGGCAGAGGAGAAGAGACAGGAAGAACAGCAGGGUCAGAGACUGUUAAAAGUGAAUCCCGAUUUCUACAAGACAAAGAAGAUUCCAUUGGACGCCAGAAAGAGGCCGCUGUUCAGGUGGAUCGUGCAGCAGAGAGAAGGAGGUGCCACCUCACUGGGUGGCGAGAUCACACUGGCUCCUCAUUCCAGGCUUUCUCCUCUUUGCGGCAGAGCAGAUCCAGCCUCCAUACAAAUGGACCAGGAUCCAGUGACCUUGGAGGAGGUGUCUGUGAGUUUCUCCGAGGAGGAGUGGGCUCUGCUGGAUCCAGCCCAAAGGGCUCUGCACAGGGAAGUCAUGGAGGAGACUUCUGGGCAUCUAGCCUCACUGGGUGAUGGAGUGGAGAGUGAGGGAGAGGAAGAACCACACAGAAAUAAAACAGAAGCAAAAUAUCUGUGGAAGAAAUCUGCUCCUUCUGAACACUCUGAAUUCCAUGAAAUCCCAGUCCAAAAUAGGGAUUGCAAAGGAAAUAUAAGGGAUAAAUACCCUCAGUGUGCAAAAAUAUUUACUAGUAACACAAGCCUCUGCACACCUCAAAGAAUUAGCAUAAGUGAGAAAAAAUAUAAAUGCUCUGAGUGUGGAAAGAGAUUCAGCCAGACCUCACGCCUUAUUUGCCAUCAAAGAAUCCACACAGGGGAGAAACCAUAUCAGUGCUCGGUGUGUGGGAAAAGCUUCAGCCAGAAAUCGCAUCUUACUUCCCAUCAGAGAAUCCACAGAGUAGAGAAGCCCUAUCAAUGCUCAGUGUGUGGAAAAAGCUUUAGUGAAAACUCACAGCUUACUUCCCAUCACAGAAUACACACAGGAGAGAAACCAUAUCAGUGCUCAGUGUGUGGGAAAAGUUUCAACUGGAGUGGAGAGCUCACUUCCCAUCAAAGAAUCCACACAGGGGAGAAACCAUUUCAGUGCUCAGAAUGUGGAAAGCAUUUCCGCUGCAGACAAGGUCUUACUUCCCACCAAAGAAUCCAUACAGGGGAGAAACCGUAUCAGUGCUCAAUGUGUGGAAAGAGCUUCAGCCAGCAUUCAGACCUGACAUACCAUCAAAGAAUCCACACAGGAGAGAAACCAUUCCAGUGCUCAGAAUGUGGAAAGAGCUUCCGUUCCAGAAAAGACCUUACCUGCCACCAAAGAAUCCACACAGGGGAGAAACCAUAUCAAUGCUUAGUGUGUGGAAAGAGCUUUAGCCAGAACUCACAUCUUAAUGAACAUCUAAGAAUCCAUACAGGAGAGAAACCGUAUCAAUGCUCGAUUUGUGGAAAGAGCUUCAGGUCCAGCCCCAGCCUAAACGAACAUCACAGAAUCCACCUACAGAAAAAUUAUGAAUCCUCAGAGUUAUGUGGAAAGAGCUUCAGCCAGAACUCACAUCUUUCUUCCCACCAAAGAAUCCACACUGGGGAGAAACCAUAUCAGUGCUUGGUGUGUGGCAAGAGCUUCAUCUAUAGCUCACACCUCACUUGCCAUCAAAGAAUCCACACAGGAGAGAAGCCAUUUCAAUGCUCAGUGUGUGGAAAAAGCUUCAGUCAGAACUCGCAUCUUUCUUCCCAUCAAAGAAUCCACACGGGGGAGAAACCAUAUCAAUGCUCAGUGUGUGGAAGGAGCUUCACUGAAAGCUCAGACCUUACUUGCCAUCAAAGAACCCACACAGGGGAGAAACCAUAUCAAUGCUUGGUAUGUGGAAAAAGCUUCAGCCGGAGCUCAAACCGUAAUUCCCAUCAAAGAAUCCACACAGGGGAGAAACCAUAUCAAUGCUCAGUAUGUGGAAAGAGAUUCAGCAAGAACUCACAGCUUACUACCCAUCAAAGAAUCCACACAGGAGUGAAACCAUAUCAAUGCUCAAUCUGUGGGAGAAGCUUCAGCCGCAAUGAAGACCUUACCUACCAUCAAAGAAUCCACACCGGGGAGAAACCAUUUCAUUGCUCAGAAUGUGGGAAAAGCUUCCGUCACAGACAAGCCUUUACUUCUCAUCAAAGAAUCCACACAGGGGAGAAACCAUAUUCAUGCCUAGUGUGUGGGAAAUGCUUCAACCAGAGCUCCCACCUUAAUGAACAUCUAAGAAUCCAUACAGGAGAGAAACCAUAUCAGUGCUCAGUGUGUGGAAACAAUUUCAGAUCCUUUUCAAACCUAAACGAACAUCAAAAAAUCCACUUACAGGAGGGAGCACUGAAAUAUGCCGAGAUAAUCAGGCCCUUUGGUGGUAGUUUAUCUCUCCUCUCAGAUGGGACAAGAACCAUUGGGUUGAAAGUUGGGCAGUGGAAAGGUCUGCCUCGUGCAGUGGUGAGCUGUGAGCUGAUCUUCACUAGUGAUUUUCACAGAGAGAAGUUGGAGCGGUCUGAGAGAGGAAGAGGCUGUGCAGUGGAAGACUCUCCUCCAGCCCCUUUAAACCCGCCCCGCCUUGGUUUCUUGAUCUGCUGCACCAACUUUGUCCGGGGACCUGAUCUUAAGAGCCCCUCUUGCCUUGGCGGUCUUUGUGUUAAAAGAGAAGCUUGCAGAAGUCGAAGGGGAUCUCUCAGUAGUUCUGGAAGCAGCCCCUUCAAGUACACAGCAAAGAUGGGAGAGGAAGACUCAGCUGUCGCUGAAGAAGGAAGAAGCCCUCUUGCCAUCCAGCCUGCAAACAGCGAGGGAGACUAUGGGGGAAAUGUGCAGAAGAUGCUGGGUGAGGACACCACCAGCCCCGAUAUAUGGCACCAGCAUUUUCGGCAGUUCUACUACCAGGGGGCUGAGGGGCCCCGAGAGGUUUGCAGCCAACUUUACAGCCUUUGUUGUCGGUGGCUCAAACCAGAACAAAACACAAAGAUGCAGAUGCUGGACCUGGUGAUCCUGGAGCAGUUCCUGACCAUCCUGCCCCCAGAGAUGGAGAGCUGGGUCAGAAAAUGUGGAGCAGAGACCAGUUCCCAGGCAGUGGCCCUGGCAGAAGGUUUCCUCCUGAGCCAGGCGGAGGCCAAGAAGCAGGAAGAGCAGCAGGGCCAAAAGGUGUCAAAAGCGGUUCCUGAUUUCUCCGAGGUAGAGGAGGCUGCCUCUGACCCCAGCGAGAGACCACUGUUCAGAUGGACUGUAGAAGAGAGUGAAGAAGAUGCCACUUUGCUAGGUGGAAUCCCACUGACUCUCAGUUCUGGGCCUUCUACUCUUUGUGGUGGAACAGAGACAGUCUCAGUGCAGCUGGAUAAGGAUCCAGUGAUCUUUGAGGAAGUAGCUGUAAAUUUCUCGGAGGAGGAGUGGGCUUUGUUGGAUCCAGACGAAAGGGCUCUGCACAGAGAAAUCAUGGAGGAAACCUGUGAACAUCUGGCCUCUCUGGGUGAUAGAUGGGAGAGUGAGAGAGAUUGUGAACCUCAGAGAUGGAAAAUGGAAGCAAACUAUCUGUGGGUGAAGAAAUCUGAUACAGCUGAAUGCUCUGACGUCGAUGAAAUUACGGUUCAAAGAAAGGAUUGCAAAGGAAGCACAAUGAAUAAAUACCCUAAAUGGGCAAAUCUCUUAAACAAGAGCUCAUAUCAAAGAAUUCAUCUAGGUGAGAAGAAAUACAUAUGCACAGAAUGCGGAAAGAGCUUCAACAGCAGAUCACACUUUGCUUCCCAUGAAAGAAUCCACACAGGGGAGAAACCAUAUCAGUGCUCUGUCUGUGGAAAGAGCUUCUGCCAGAACUCACAACUUACUCGCCAUCAAAGAAUCCACACAGGCAUGAAACCAUAUCAGUGCUCACUGUGUGAGAAGAACUUCAGCCGGAACUCAGACCUUACCUACCAUGAAAGAAUCCACACAGGAGAGAAACCACAUCAAUGCUCAGUGUGUGGAAAGAGCUUCAUAAAGAAAUCAAGUCUUACUUCACAUCAAAGACUCCACACAGGGAUGAAACCAUAUCAAUGUUCGAUGUGUGAGAAAAGCUUCAACCGGAAUCAAGACCUAAUAUACCAUGAAAGAAUCCACACAGGGGAGAAACCAUAUCAAUGCUCAGUUUGUGGGAAAAGCUUUUACAUUAAUUCACAUCUUACUCGCCAUCAAAGAAUCCACACAGGCGUGAAACCAUAUCAGUGCUCAAUGUGUGGGAAGAGCUUCAGUCGGCAUGAAGAUCAAAUUUACCAUGAAAGAAUCCACACAGGAGAGAAACCACAUCAGUGUUCGGUGUGUGGAAGGAGCUUCAGAAAGGCCUCAGAACUUACUCGCCAUCAAAUAAACCACAAAGAGGAAAAACCAAAUCAGUGCUUUGUACGUGGACAGAGCUUCAGCAAGAAUGCACAACUUACAGCCCAUCAGAGAAUCCACACAGACUCUAAACCAUAUAAAUGCUCUCUGUGUGGGAGGAGAUUCAGCCAGAAUGAUGACCUUAUCUACCAUCAAAGAAGUCACACAAGGGAGAAACCCUAUCAGUGCUCUGUGUGUGGAAAGGCUUUCAGCUUGAAUUCACACCUUACUCGCCAUCAAAGAAUCCACACGGGAGUGAAACCAUAUCAUUGUUCGGUGUGUGGGAAGAGCUUCCGCCAGAGCGAAGAACUUACUGUCCAUUCAAGAGUGCACACAGGGGAGAAACCAUAUCGGUGCCCAGAAUGUGGAAAGAGCUUCCGUCAAAGACAAGCCUUUGCUGCCCAUCAAAGAAUCCACACAGGAGAGAAACCAUAUCCAUGCUUAGUAUGUGGGAAAUGCUUUACUCAGAACUCCAAUCUUAAUCAACAUCUAAGAAUUCACAGAGGGGAAAAACCAUAUCAAUGUUCAGUGUGUGGAAGGAGUUUCAGGUCCCUUUCAAAUCUAAACAAACACCAAAACAUCCACUUACAGGAGAGACCAUUGAAAUACUCCGAAAUUAUCAGCCCCUUGGGUAGCAGCUUGUCUCUUCUCUCAUAACUUAUCUCUUUUCAGUAAGGUACCAAGUAGUCAAUGAUCUUUAAGUAGUAAAGACAAGAGAUCAUUUCAAAUACAGUGUGGGCCUUGUAUAUGUUCCUCAGUCAUGAGCAUAGCUGCUCCCUUGGUCUGUUCUAGUGGAAGAGACGCCUCUUUAUUAAGAUGUCCCUCCCAGUCAGCCAAGCGCCUAACUCUAAUGCAGAACUGGUUCUGUUUCACUCCAAAGAGAAGUAAGUCCCUGAUUUUGCAGACUCCUUAGAGGGACCUUUUUGUUAAUGGCAAGGACACUAUAGAGGGUCAGGAAUAAAAUCACUACUCCUCUCAAUCCUGGCCUAGAAAAAUAUGCAUACUCACUGGGAUUCCUGUGCCCAGUUCUGGGCUGCCCGUAAGCAGGACAUUGAUGAACUGGGAGGGGAUCAGAGGUGGGCAACCAAGAUGGUGAGGGGGCUGGAGAUCAAGUCCUAUGAGGAAUGUUUGAGGGAGCUGGGUAUCGCUAGCCUGGAGAAGUGAAGACUAUGGGGAGAUAUGAGAACUGUCUUCGAAUAUCUGAAGGACUAUUGCAUUGAACAGGGUUCUCAGCCUAUGGUACUCCAAAUGUUGCUGAACUACAACUCCCAGUAUCCCCAGCCACAAUAAAAUUUGCAGCUGGGAAAGAUGAGAGUAGUAGUUCAGCAACAUCUGGAGUAGCACAGGUUGAGCACCUCUGACAUAGGAGGAACAGAUUUGUUCUUUGCUGAAUUGUCCUCUCUGCCCUCCUGUAAAAACCCUCCUGUAACAACCCCAGACCUAAGCAGGUCUGCCCUGGUUCGCAUUCGAAUGGGAGACUACAUGUGUGAGCACUGUAAGAUAUUCCCCUUAGGGGAUGGGGCCACUGGGAAGAACGUCUGCAUGCUUUCAUGCAAAAGAUUCCAAGUUCCCUCCCUGGCAUCUCCAAGAUAGGAAUGGAAGAGACUCCUGCCUACAACAUUGGAGAAGCCGCUGCCAGAUGGUGUAAACAAUACUGAGCUGAAUGGCCCAAGGGUCUUACUUGGUAUAAGGCAGCUUCCUGUGUUCCUAUGCUUUUGUGUAUGGGACUAGAACCACUGGGUUGACAUUUUUAAGAAAGCAGAUUUAGUUUAGGCCUUAGGUGGAAUUUCUUAACUGUAACAGUGGUUGGACAGUGGAACAGUCUGCCUCAUGCAGUGGUGAGCUCUCCUUCACUAGAAGUUUCCUAAGAGAAGUUGGAUAGCCACCUGUUAGGGAUGCUGGAGCAGUUUCCCUUUCUGAGGAGCAGGUUGCUGCAGGAGGGUUCUGAAGUCCCUUCCAACUCAGAAACUCCCAGAUUGUAUUAUGACCUCCAGCAAUGAGAGGGCACCGGAGCCCCCAAGCCUAUUCUGAUCAUGUUCAGUAGCACCAUCUGCUUGUUGCAGAAGCACUGGAUGGGACCCUAGAAAGCUUGAGACUUUUGCAUCCCAGUCUCCAUGAGGAUUCCGUCUUGGAAGAUGGGCUGUUGUGCCCAUCUUAACCCUUCCAUCAUUAGCAUGGCUCAUAUAUUAAAGUUUUGCAUUUAUAUUUAUAGCUCCUUCUUCCAUGGAGCUCUGGAUGGUGUACAGGGUUAUUUUUCUCCUCACUACAGCCCUGUGAGGUAGGUUUGGUGGAGAGAUCACUCACUGAAGAUGUGAAAGUUUAGAGCAGAGGUGCGGGGAAUCUUUCAGGCCAAGACAAUUUUCCUCUGCUGAAAUUACUGUCAGAUGUUUUCAUGCAACUAGUAUUACUAGAGUGACAUUGUAUUACUAUCAGGAAAUAAAAAAUAAUGACAUUCGCUUGAUUUAUUUUACACCACCUUCACCUGCUGCUCCUGGGACAUUUAUCCUGAAGCCAUGAGAGAAGUUUGCAUCAGUGACAUCUACGGAGGGUUCGGUGUGAGGACAUUUCGAUGGAUCCAUCUUAUCUUAUUUAUGUAUUAUUUCUCUGUGUAAACUGCCCUGAGCCAUUUUUGGAAGGGCAGUAUAGAAAUUGAAUAAAUAAUAAUCAUAAUAAUUUAAUGUUCCAUGUGCCAGGUGGUGCAUAGAUGCUGGGUGUGUUGGGGAGUGCCAUAGUCGCUUGCUUCCAGGGUUGGCUCUUUUCCUGCCUCUCAAGCAAAGAUUUGAAUCCACAUCGUUGUUAGCAUGGGG